UUUGGACAGGGAGAGGAGCCAGAUAAUAAACCCCAAUGAUUAAAGAUUGAGACCCGCUGAGAGAAACAUGUCGGUGGCCUUUGCAUCUGCCCGUCCUAGAGGCAAAGGGGAGGUCACUCAGCAAACUAUCCAGAAGAUGCUAGAUGAAAACCAUCACCUAAUUCAGUGUAUUAUGGACUACCAGAGUAAGGGCAAGACUGCAGAAUGCACUCAAUACCAACAAAUACUACACAGAAAUUUGGUUUACUUGGCAACAAUAGCAGACUCUAACCAGAACAUGCAGUCUUUGCUUCCUGCCCCACCAACACAAAACAUGAAUCUUGGGCCAGGAGGAAUGCCUCAGAGUGGAUCCAACCAAUCUAUCCAUUCCCAGAGCAAUCUCAGUGAUGCCAUUGGAACAGGCCUCCCACCAUCUUCUCUUAUGCAGAGUCAGAUUAGCAAUGGUCCUAACCAUGUGUCCAUGCAGCAAUCUGGGCAAAACACAAUGCCAACAACUUCUAUGAGUAUGACAGUCAGCAGCCAUGGCACGGGGCCGGGGUAUAGCCACACUGUGCCUGCCUCUCAAAAUGUGCCAAUGCAGGGCCAAGGAUCCAUAGGGAAUUAUGUAUCUAGAACCAAUAUCAACAUGCAGUCUAAUCCAGUCUCUAUGAUGCACCAGCAAGCGGCAACAUCCCAUUACAAUUCUGCACAAGGUGGGAGCCAGCAUUACCAAGGACAGUCCUCUAUUGCAAUGAUGAGUCAAAGCAACCAAGGAAGCAGCAUGAUGGGUCAGCGACCAAUGGGUCCAUACCGGCCCUCACAGCAAGGUUCUUCUCAGCAGUAUAUGGGGCAAGAAGAGUAUUACAGUGAGCAAUACAGCCACGGUCAAGGCGCUUCUGAGCCAAUGAACCAGCAAUAUUAUCCAGAUGGACAUGGUGAUUAUGCAUAUCAGCAGUCAUCUUACACUGAACAGAGCUAUGACAGGUCAUUUGAGGAUUCUACCCAGCAUUACUAUGAAGGAGGAAAUUCCCAGUAUAGCCAGCAGCAGGCCGGAUAUCAGCAGGGAGCUGCCCAACAGCAGACAUAUUCACAGCAGCAAUACCCGAACCAACAGAGCUACCCUGGACAGCAGCAAGGAUACGGUCCUGCACAAGGAGCUUCUUCACAGUAUUCCAGCUACCAACAGGGACAGGGACAACAGUAUGGAAGCUAUAGAGCUUCUCAGACAGGACCAUCUGCCCAGCAACAGAGGCCUUAUGGUUAUGAACAGGGCCAGUAUGGGAAUUAUCAGCAAUAA